AUGGUUAAAAGACUUAAUGUCUACAAUCAUUUCACUGGCGGCAGUCUAGUCUUAGCGAUCAAUCUGGCUGCUGGUCUCAGUAUUUUCUUCUUUGGUUAUGAUCAGGGCGUUAUGGCCAGUGUAAACGUGUCUCCCGAUUAUAAGAAUCUCAUGGGAUUACAAAACAACGAGGCACUACUGGGUGGUGUAGUCGCCGUGUAUUAUGCUGGCACUUUGAUGGGCGCCUUGAGCGGUGGAUCCAUAAGUGACAAGAUUGGCCGUAUCAAGACUAUUAUAUUGGGCUGCGCUAUUGCUAUCCUGGGUGCCUGCCUGCAAACAUCUGCUCAGAAUAUUGCUUGGAUGCUCUGCUCUCGUAUCAUUACUGGUGUGGGUACUGGCCAUCUUAAUGCUGUGGUGCCUGUCUGGAUUGCUGAAACUUCGCAUCAUACAUCGCGUGGUGCUAUGCUUGCUUCUGAAUUUACCCUGAACAUUUUUGGCGUUGUGGUUGCUUAUUGGCUGGGCUAUGGUUUAGCAGAUGUAGAAGGUGGAUUCAGAUGGAGAUUUCCUAUUGCCUUUCAAUUGAUCCCUCUGGUUAUCCUUACAGUUGGCAUUAAUUUCUUUCCCGAAUCACCCCGUUGGCUUCUGAAAAAGGGACGCACUGAUGACGGCCUUCAAAUUCUGGCUGCUCUUCGUGGUAAAGGUGAUCCAAACCAUCCCGAUGUGUUGAGAGAGUAUGAGGAUAUUGUGGCCAACAUAAAGAAGGAAGAAAGUGAAGGUGAACCAGGUUAUAUCAGCAUGAUUUUGAAGCGAGACAAAUUAAAUAUUGCUCGUCGUGUCCAUCUGUCUAUCUGGUUGCAGAUCAUUCAGGAAUUAACGGGUAUCGCAUGUAUCACUGUCUAUGCUCCUUUGGUUUUCAUGAGUGCAGGUUUCUCCGAGAAGACAUCCCAAUUGCUGUCUGGUGUCAAUAACAUCACAUAUAUGCUUUCCACCCUUGUUGCUGUUUUCACUUUGGAUAGAUGGGGCAGAAGAUUCACAUUGUUCUACGGCGCUGUCUUGCAAGGUAUUUCACUUAUUAUGGUUGCUGUUCUCACCAAGCCCGAGAUCAUGAAUCAAAACCCUCUUGGCUAUGGUAUUGCGGCUACUGUUUUUACAUUUGUGUAUACCGCCCUCUUUGGUAUGACCUGGCUAACUGUACCUUGGCUUUAUCCUGUUGAAAUCUAUCCUACCAAAGUACGUGGAAAGGGUGGUGCCUACUCAGUUGUUGGCUGGUCCAUUGGUAAUGCUCUCGUUAUGGAGAUCACUCCUCCAUUGAUCUCUAGUAUUGGCUGGAUUACCUUUUUAAUUUUUGCUGCCUUCAAUUUCCUUGCUAUUCCAAUUGUCUGGGCGUUCUAUCCCGAAACCAGUAACAAGACUUUGGAAGAACUAGAUGUUGUCUUCUCUACUAAAUCACUGUUGGUUUGGAAUGCUGAAAAGGAGCUGGCUGCUGCAAAGGCUGCUAAUGACGACGGCCUUCAGAGCGGCGAAAAGAAGGACGUUUUUACUCAUACGAACGAAAAGAAGGAAGAAGGAUCCGAUCAUAGCAGUAUCUCAUCAUAA